CGGCCGUGCUCCGACGCGCAGGUGGACUCCCGGGCGGCGCCGGCAGGUGUGGGCCGGGGGUUUCCCGAACCCGACCCUGCGGGCGGCUGGAGCGGGGGUCCCUGUCGGGGACUCCUCGUCGGGGUUCGGGGACGUCCGGCCGGGAGGAGGGGGCGACGCCACACAAAGGCGCCGCUGGGAACUCGGGCGCGGCCCCCACUCGCCGGAGGGCGCGGCGCUGCCCUGGAGGGAGGACCCCAGUCCACGGGCCGAGUCCUCCCAGGAUCACCCCUCACUCCCCGCGGGCCGGGGUCCUCCCGGGGUCCUCCCGUCUCCCGUGGGCCGGGCCCUCCCGGGGACUCCUCGCUCCCCGCGGGCCGAGCCUUCCCGGGGUCCCCCCGUCUCCCGUGGGCCGAACCCUCCCGGGGUCCCCCUCGAUCCCCUCGGGCCAGGCCCUCCUGGGGUCCCCCCGUCUCCCGUGGGCCGAACCCUCCCGAGGUCCCCCUCGCUCCCCGCGGGCCGGGCCUUCCCGGGGUCCCUUCGUCUCCUCGUGCGCCGAGCCCUCCCGGGGUCCCCCUCGCUCCCUGCGGGCCGAGCCCUCCGGGGUCUCCCCCCCCCCCCCCGGUCUCCCCACGGUCUCAGAGGUUAAGAAAGUUGCGCCGAUGUCUCCCGCAGCCAAGUGCAAGCGGAGGUGCCAUUUCUCCCGAAAGUUGGGAGGGCGGGGGCAGGACCCGGGGCGGGGGGCGGGGGCGGCGCCCCGAGUCUCAGCUCCCAGCAUCUCCGCGCUGGGGCCUCCGCGGGUCCCGGGGACACCGCGUCCCAGCCGCCGCCGCGGGCUCCCAUCCGCUCGGGGUCCCGGGGGGUCCGCGGCCUCGGGCUCUGCCUGCCCCCCCCCCAAACCCCCGCCGACUUUCUUUCCCGCCCCCGCCCCCCACGCCCUGCCCCUGCAGCGCGCCGAUCUCCCUGCGGCCGAGCGAGCGCACGAUGCGCGGGCCGGGACGCCCCCUGCUCCUGGGGCUGCUGCUGGUGCUGGGGGCGGCGGGGCCCGGGGUCGCUGCGCCCCGGGAGGCGGCCGACGGACAGACCCUGCUGCGGCUCAUCGCGGAGAUCCUGCAGGAGCUCCGGAAGGGCCAGGCGGGCGAGGCCAAGAGGCUGCAGCUCGCGGGCCGCAGGGAGGCCUCGGACUCCGCGGUGGACCCCGAGGAGCAGCGAGUGGAAAUCGUCCCUCGAGAUCUGAGAAUGAAGGACAAGUUCCUAAAACAUCUCACAGGUCCUCUUUAUUUCAGUCCAAAGUGCAGCAAACACUUUCACAGACUGUACCACAACACCAGAGACUGCACCGUCCCUGCAUACUAUAAAAGAUGUGCCAGGCUUCUUACCCGGCUGGCUGUCAGUCCUAUGUGCUUGGAGGGAUAAGCCGUGAGCAGAGGGCAGAGGGACGGCAGCCCGUGAACCAUGAGAAGUGCCUUGGGAACCAACAGGGGACAGAACCUACUACCUUCACGAACACAUCCCCUUGUGAACAAGAGAUUUAUUUUUGCAGACUGACUCUUCCAUAAUUCCUUUAACUUGAGUUGUGUAUGUCGACACUGUUGGCAGAUAUGUAUUCAGCAAAUCAGCGUACCUGACGUUAAUACUGGCCACUUGUGAUUUUGGAGAAAAAGAAGGAAGGAUCCACGUUUGAUGAGCAGGGCUACAAAGUGACAGAGAAAGCGAUUUCCUUUUCCUAAUUAGGUGAAAUCUCAAAGAAUAUUUCUUUAGAAACAUAAACAGAAUCCGAAACUAUAUUUUCAUACAGCAUAUGGUAUGAUUUAAUAUUUUUAUUACUUUUACAAUUAAAUUCCCAGAGUAUUAUUUGGAAUUGCAUGAAAACCCACAAAAAAACGUGUCACGUUUUGGAGACAGUGGAGUGUAAAUCUGUGAACAUACCCAGGCUCAUUUCAUUUGUCCUUUGUACAAUAAAUGUAAGAUAGUAUCCAGAUAUUGUGCAAUAUGUAAAUACUGUAAAUGCUGAAACAAGUAAUAAACAGUGUUUAUUAUAAUGAAGUCUUAAAAGUGACUCUUUACCUCUGAUGAGUUCACUGGUGGGAAUUCAUGAUUUACAGACCUAUGAAGAGAUUGCAACACUGGCAAGAAUGUCAUGGAAUACAAAAACCAUGAAUACAUGAAGUGGCAAGGCUAUGGAUUCUUGGAAGGGACAAUUAAAUUGACUUUUUUUUUAAGGAGAUGCUACUAUGGAACCGUGACACGUCUUAAGAUAGAGCCUGAUAUGGUGAUGAGUAUUUAAUAAAUAUUUAAAUAAGAAUGCAUUUCCCGCGUGACAUGGUAAUCAUGAAAACACUAAGAGGUAAGACUUCCAAGCGGCUCUAGGUUUUUACAGGUGAUCUAUUUUGAACAAAUGAUCGCAUCCAAUUUAACACAACUGAAAUCAGCAGGAGUUUCUCUGUUCACAUGACUUCUCGCCUGGAUACAGCCGUAAGGACAAAGUAGACAUGAGUUGUGGGAUGUGUCUGAGGUUCAUAUUUAAGAUACGUAUUCAAACGGUAAAGAAACAAACUAUAGGGAUUCAUUCAUGAUCACGAUGGCACAGAGUAUGACAUUACUUUGAGAUUAUUCAGCAACUACUGACUGAUGAGGGCAGAGUGUAACUCUGAAGUGCUCUUUCUCAUUCCUAUUUUCUAAUGGUGGUGAAUUACCUGAUCUUUCCAUCUCAAUUCUUUCCUUUUUAGGGUAUCAUCACCAAUUUCUCAAUACAUUUAACCUUGAGAGGUUCCUACUUGUCUGAGGAAAAGUUUUCAGGUAGGACUCUCUUCGGGUGACUCCACAGGGAGGCGGACACACGUCCUGCCAGGGUGGUGGGAGAGGCGGCCUGUACAUCCUCCAGGUGGGAGGACACUCCAGAACUAAAUGCCCCCCGCUCCGCCCCCGGCCCCGGCCCCUCAGGGCACCCUGA